AUUUAGAAAUCCAAAAAUGGAUUAUGAUUGGUUACAGCUUGCUAAACAUAGUGACGUCACGAAAACUAAAAUGUUGUCAGUGAAGUGUAGGUGGUAUGUUUAUGCCAACCGUUUGAAAUAUCUUAGAUAAUCGUCGGCAUCUGUGGACUUGUGAAGACGGAGAAUAGGUGACCUUAACAUAAACUGGUCCGAAUUGGUCGGAUCCAAGCUUACACGAAUGACUAGAUGAUGCAACAUCAUAUUGAAGCUCAAGAGCAGACAGUAGUUGGCUACCAGCCACAGCAGCACACUGGUGAAGGAGAGGGGCAGGUGAACCUGCAAACCUCUCCUAAUUUGCCCCAAAGACUAGCACAGCCCAUAUCAUCACAGUAUACCGAGAACAAGAUGGCCAGUUCUAUGCCUUUCGCUGGCUUCCCUAUCCCCAGUCAAGCUAAUCAGGGGCCAACCUCGGUGUUCCAUCCAUCACCACAUCAUACUCCGCCACCUGCAACCCAACAGACUACGCACAGUAUCCACUUUACCCAGAUGCUUUUUGCACAGCCCCAAGUCGGUAGUGGACAGCAGACGUUUCAGCGCUUGAAGGUCGAAGAUGCGCUUUCAUACCUGGACCAAGUGAAACUACAAUUUGGAAAUCAGCCACAAGUCUACAAUGAUUUCCUGGAUAUUAUGAAAGAAUUCAAGUCUCAGGCCAUUGACACACCUGGGGUGAUUGCAAGAGUGUCCAGCUUGUUCAGUGGGCAUCCCGAUCUCAUAGUUGGAUUCAACACUUUCCUCCCACCUGGCUACAAGAUUGAGGUGCAGGCCAAUGAUCCAACACAGAUUAGUGUAAGCAUGCCCACAUUGGCUGCGCAACCACUAGCCACUGUCCAACUGAAUGCAGCAAAUGCAGCCGCAGCAGCAAAGGCGGCGGCUGCUGCGGCCGCGGCUGCGAACGGGGGGAGCACACACGGCUCGCCGCGCGGAGCCACGUCUCAACACUCGUACCACGCCCCCGAGCCGCCGCCCCCGCCCACCCAAUCGGCAGCCUCAAACGCCAUGCCUCUCGGAAGCCAGCCGGUGGAGUUCAACCACGCGAUCAACUACGUGAACAAGAUAAAGAAUCGAUUCCAAGGGCAGCCGGAUGUGUAUAAGGCCUUCCUUGAGAUAUUACAUACGUACCAGAAGGAGCAGCGAAAUCUUAAAGAGGGGCUCAGCAGUCCCGGGUCUCAGCCUCUGACAGAGCAGGAGGUGUAUCAGCAGGUGGCGAAGCUGUUUGAGAACCAGGAGGAUCUGCUGGACGAGUUUGGACAGUUUCUCCCCGACGCCAACGGCACGUCAACCGGCCUGUUUGGCUCGCUGACGCAAAACAAGACGGCGGGUCUGCGCAACGACCACUCGUCGACCGUGAAGAAACCGCUGAUGCCCAGCGGCUCCAGCAGCCUGAAGAGCAAGAGUGGCUCGCACAUACGCCGGUCAUCUACCAGCACCGGUCCACCACCAAAGAAGCCCAAGAUGGGUGCGCUGAAGGACGUGUCGCUGGCCGAGGCGGGCAAGUACGGCACGCUGAACGAGUACGCGUUCUUCGACAAGGUGCGCAAGGCGCUGCGCAGCCAGGAUGUCUACGAGAACUUCCUGCGCUGCCUGACGCUGUUCAACCAGGAGGUGGUGUCGCGCGUCGAGCUCGUGCAGCUCGUCACGCCGUUCCUAGGGAAGUUCCCGGAAUUGUUUAAAUGGUUUAAAGACUUUCUGGGCUACAAAGAGAGCGGCAGUCUGGUUGAUACCAUAUCGAUGGGCACGGCAAACAAGGAGCGAGAGCGGCCCAUCGGAGAAUUAGCCAUGGAAAUAGAUUAUGCAUCCUGCAAGCGCUACGGAGCAAGCUACCGCGCCUUGCCCAAAAGCUACGUGCAACCACGCUGCAGUGGCAGGACUGCUCUGUGCAGGGAGGAGCUCAACGACACGUGGGUGUCGUUCCCGUCGUGGUCCGAGGACUCGCAGUUCGUGACGUCGCGCAAGAACGUCUACGAGGAGCACAUCUACCGCUGCGAGGACGAACGCUUCGAGCUCGACGUCGUCCUCGAGACAAACCUCGCGACGAUCCGCGUGCUCGAGGGCGUCGCAAAGAAGCUGUCGCGCAUGUCGCCCGAGGAGGCCGCCAAGCAUCGCCUCGACAACUGCCUCGGCGGCACGUCCGAGGUCAUCCACCGGCGUGCGAUACAGCGAAUAUAUGGGGACAAAGCCCCAGAUAUCAUCGAUGGAUUGAAAAAGAACCCGGUGGUUGCCGUGCCUUUAGUGUUGCGAAGGUUGAAAGCCAAGGAAGAAGAGUGGAGAGAGGCUCAAAAGCAAUUCAAUAAGAUUUGGCGCGAACAGAAUGAGAAGUUUUAUCUGAAAUCCCUCGAUCACCAGGGUAUCAACUACAAACAGAACGACACGAAAAGCCUGCGUUCAAAGAGUUUACUCAACGAAAUUGAAACGAUUUAUGACGAGGACCCCAAUAUUUUGCAGCGCAGUGAGCAUGUACAGGACGGCAUCAACCAAGACUUGUUAACGGGUCCUCACAUGACCAUCCGGUAUGAGAACAAGGCGAUGCUUGACGAUUCUGCGUCAUUAAUCAUCCAUCACAUGAAACGUCAGACAAGUAUUCACAAGGAAGACAAGUACAAGAUCAAGCAGCUGUUGAACCACUUCAUCCCAGACUUGUUCUACGUGGCACGAGGAGAGCUGUCAGACGACGAAGGCGACAAAGACGACGACGAUGACGAGAGGGUAUCGAAAGAGAAGUCGGAAGAGCACAGCGGACGCCCAACGACGCGGAGCAACGGCAACGGCAUGACGACGAGAAGCAAGCCCGGUGGUGGUGGCGGAGGCGGCGUGAAGGAGGAAAAGACGGGCGAGGAGAAGAGCUGGACAAACAGCCGGCUGAGCGACAGUGACAGCGAGGCAGUCACGACGUCCGGCAAUGCAAAAGACAGCGAACCGGUGCCGUCGGACAACGGUGAAAUCUGCACUCUGUUUAUCGGAAACAACAACUGGUACUUGUUCUUCCGGUUACAUCAAAUUCUCUGUGAUCGCCUUAACAAGAUGUACAUGAGGGCCCAGCAAUUCAUAGAGGAGGAGUGUCAGUACAAGAAAGAUCGCAAGGAGUCGACGGCGAUGGCAUUGCGACUGCGAGUGCCGAGUGAAAUCAAGGUCGAGGAUUAUCAUCCUGUGUUCCUGGACAUGGUGAAGAACUUACUCGACGGCAACCUGGAUCCGACGGCCUACGAGGACCAGCUGCGUGAGAUGUACGGAAUACACGCGUACCUCGCCUUCACCGCCGACAAGCUGGUGCAGAACAUCGUCCGACAGCUGCAGCAUCUCGUCGUCGACGAGACCGGCGUGCAGAUGACGGAGAUGUUCCAGGAGGAGCGUAAGAACGCGGCGACGGGAGGCUACCUGUCGACGCAGCACCAGCGCCUGCCGGCCGAGGCCGCCUACCAGAAGCGUGCCGAGCAGGCGCUCGCCGACGAAAAUUGCUUCAAGAUAUACCUGUACAAGAACGACGGCCGCAUCACCGUGGAGCUGCUCGACACGGACACGGAGGCGUCGGACGACGCCGUCGAGGUCGAAAAGUGGUCCGAGUACGUCGACAAGUACACGUCCAACGACGGCGAGGAGAUAUCCGAGGAGCUCAAGGAGAUGCUCGCGAAGAAGCCAGUGUUCUUGCCCAGGAACAUCAGACAAUGGCGGCAAGUCGUGCGAAAUAACAACGACGACGACGCGAAAACAGAGAAGCCCGAUGCUGCAGAGGCUCAACGCAGCGAGGGAGCCGGCGUAGAGGAGGUGGAGGAGGAGGAGGAGGAGGAGAACCCUGCCGAGAACGAGUCCGCGAAGCAGGAGAAGGACGUCGCGGAGGACAUGGAGAUCUCCGACAACGCGGAGUGCCGCUUCAACCUCAACUCCUGCAAGAUGUUGUUCGUCGUCAAGUCGGAGAACUACCUGUACAAGAAGAACGCGCUCAGAAAGGCUCGCCUGAGCCACAAGAAGGUCUCGACGCACCUGUACAACAACUUCACCAGGUGGCACAAGACGUGGCUGACGAGCAACGUAGCCAAGGAGCAGGACGCGGCGACGACUUCCUGGCUCGCCGGCCGCAUCGACGGCCUCGCCGGCAAGACAGUGUGCACCGUGCGCGACGACGCUGACGAGUCACCCUACCACAAGUACACGCGCUACUCGGUCGAGCUGCCCCCGCACCAGCCACCGCCGCCGCCGCCGCAGCAGCAGCAGCAGCAGCAGCAGCCACCGACGUCAUAAUGAAUGCGUGAAAACCCGAAUCCCAGGAACCGGGCGCGGCGGCGGGUCGGGAGCCGGGGAUGUCUCGUGGGGCGUGCGUUCUCCAGGAAACUGAGUGGGUGCUUGACCAGGGUGGUGGUGGGGGGGGGUCUUGGCAGGUAUGUACGAGGACAUCCUCGUCGCACGCCGAGUCCUUACCUCGCGGCCCGCGGCUGUCGCGUGAUACGGGCACGUUGGCUAGCAGUGCUUCGUAUGCGGCGUUGCUCACAGCGUGAACGCGUGGGGGGUCGAAGGAAGGUCGGUGCGGGUCACGUCGGCCCAGGUUCCCGUUCGGAAGACCGAAUUGAUGGCCCACCUAUCGAGUAUUCGGCGGGCGGUAACGAUGGCACGAGAAAAUGCGCAGCGUCGUGCGUUGCCGUUUCGCCAUGUAAAUAAAUCUGGGGCCAGGUUGAAAUUGUCAGGUUCGUGGAUUUCCUCCCACCCUUAGCACCACUUCACUCUCACACUGCAGUGAGAGAAGUGUCGUUAGGGUUUCUGAAGCAUACAAGUGCUAAAAGGGUCACUAAUAAAUACAAGGGCCUCGUUAUAAAGUGGCUAAUGCGACAUUAAAUUAGUAUACUAGACAGUAGACACACAUGUAAUAAUGCAAGCGAGAAAAGUGUCGCUUGUUGAGAAGGGUGUGAUGCUAUUAUAUAUACACUAUAACACUGUAUAUAUGUCACCUCAUCAUUGCAAUCUAUAAAUUUGAUGUUCAGAGCCGUGUACAUCUUGUAUUAUUCAAGUAUGGUGGUUGUAAAUAGUUUGCUGUGUAAAUUUCUUUCUGUGUGCUGUUGUAGGCUGUUAGUGUAGUGAUCUGCAUUAAUAAUGUUGCAGGCAUACAUGUAGUGUGAACUGGCGCUCUCAGUAGUGUUUCCCUUCCCUUCAAAUGUUAUUUAUUACCACGUCAUAAGUGGUCAAUUGGUUGUUGCAGUUUCUGCAUGUCAGCACGACGCCAACUGGAGGUUAGUCUGCAUGUGUCUGCAUGUGCGUGUGUUGAGUGUCUGAGGGUACCAAACUCAUUUGUACAUAUUAAACGUGUAUUGUGUGUUUGUGCGUGGGCUUGCAUUUCUCAAGUAGUUUUUGUACGCAGUCCUGACAUUCCAUAUCAAGCCAACAGCUACAAUUUCAAUAAUGCCAAUGGUUUAAAGUGUUUCGUGAAAAAUACCAUAGUAACAACAUCUUGUGUUUAAAUCAAAUUUGCCUCAUUUAUAUGAUGUACUCUACUUAUUACUAUAGUGAUCAUGUGCCUCUUACAUACUGUACAUGUCUCAUAUGUUGUGUAUAUAUUUGUUGUUUUAAUCGAUUCACUAUCAAAUGAUGAAGAAACAAGGUGUAAUAUUAUCAUAUCACUUAUUUAUGCACAAGUCAAGCAAGCACAAAUAAAGGUGUAACCAUGCAUUCAUCUAGCAAUACGGUUGCUGUCUUCCGCAUACCUUGUUUGUACAAACCAUGGACUUUGAUAAAGCUGCAUGAAGAUUGAGCUGCCUUGUUUUCACACCCAGUGUUCGUUGACUUGCCAGCUGCAGCCUGGAACUAGCGUUCUUGUUGCCAUGUAUGAUUUGGUUGAUCGAAAUGGUACAUCGGUGCCGUGGUAUGAACGUGGUAUGUGGGAACUCGCAACUAUCUGGUUAGAUGUAUACUUUGUAUUACACCAGUUUAUAUGGAUUUACCAAGAAAAUUUCUUAUACCGAAAAUAGAGCAUCAGGCACUGCUACUGUUUCCCGUAUACUGCUAAUGUUUUCUCUUCUUGUGUCUGUCUGUGUGCGUGCGUGCGCGUGCGUCUAUGUCCAUGAUUGUAAUGAAGUAUUUGGCAUACUUUUCUCCCUAAGCACUGAUAAUUCGACUAUCAACCUGUGUGUUUUCCCAUGCUUCUGUGAUGUGAUUUCAACCCACUUGGCUAUCUGCAUUAUAUUAAGAAUAUGAUGAGAAACGUGGUUGUUAAACAAACUAGCGGCAAAGUCGUUCAUUUAUGCAUGAUGAAAAGGGGUUUGGCAAUUCACAAUCGGACAUUGAAUGCAGUACCAGAUAAUAUGUAACGUUAAAGUUGAGGUCCCUCGAACAUACAAUGCAUGCCUGUGUCACAUUGUAUGUACAUUUAGUUAUGUAACCGUUCAAUCGGUAUGUCUCAUCUGUUAUCGAUGUUCAAUUGUGUAUCAUGUAUCUAUAAAUAUUAGCGUGAAAACUGGGUGGGAGCCACAGGACCUGAUUAUAUGUACCUGUUCAGAAUGUGCAUAAUGCGGGCAAGCUGGUAUGGUUUACAACAAAUGAACAUGCCAGCUGAAGAAAAGCACAAGUGAACAGGGGAACAAUUAAUUUAGUGUUUGUUGAGUGUAUGUUUGAAAUAAUAUUGUGAACCCCUGCCUGUAAUGUUGAUCCAUUGUCGUGGUUGCCAAAUGAUACAUUCAGGCAAGGUCUUCAAAUGUGUAUAUGUGUUACAACAUGCCAAAGGUUACAUAUUCUUGAGAAUUUUAACAAGCAGUUUGCUUUUGUACCAUACUUACACAUGUAAAAAGGUUUAUACAUUAGAGAUUGUGACUUUCGAAAAUUAAUAUAAAAAAGAAAAGAAAGAAUAUGUAGCCUUGUACAGAGAGUGCUCCCACCGCCAUGAUGUGCAGUUGUGUCGAUUGUAACAUGUGCCUGAUUUAAUCAAUUGUGUGGGGCGUGGUGUAGCUGGGUGUAGAUAGAGAACCUUGUAGUGUUAUAAACAGCACAAGUGUAUCAAAAUAUUAUAUAAUAUCAUUUUUAUUUCAAAAUAUAAUAAAUUUUUUCCAGUUA